AUGGCGGCGGCGGAAGCGGCGCUGCUGCGGAAGAAGGCGACCCUGCUCCGGGAGGCGAUGCGGAGGAGCGAGGCCGUGCUCGAGCAGGCGGUCGCCUCCGUCGGCGGCCGCAUGGCCGCAGUCGACGCGGCCGUGCGCCCCGCGCAGGAGAGGACAAGGAACGCGUGCAUACUCCACGACAACGUCGCCAGGAGUAUCCAGGCGGUCCAGGACAUCGUGUGGCAGUUCGACCUAGUGCGCGAGGCAGAGCCCGUGAUAUCAACUGGUCCGAGCAUCGGUAUCAGCGCCUAUCUUGAGACGGUUGAUAAACUGAGAGGCACCAAAGAAUUCUUCACUACAAAGAUACGUUGUAAAGCCGGCGACGACGUGCUCAGACGUGUUAACGAACUGCUCCCAAAAGGAGCUGCUGAGCUAGAGAAUGAGUUCAGCAGGCUACUAUCCAAAUGCAGCAAACCUGUAGAGCUCGAGCUUCUUUUCAACUUUGUUCCAAGUCAUUCAUCAGCAGAAGAUCCUCUAAACCCGGUUGCUCUUCCGACGCUAGUUGAUUCCCGUUACAUGCCUCUGCUCUCAAAGUUAGUUCAGAAAUCAGUUGAACUUGGUCGUCAUAACCAGAUCCUAAAAAUAUACAGAGAUAUUCGUAGUUCAACUUUGGAACUUACCCUUAAGCAGUUGGGAGUUGAAUAUGUUACGGUAGAAGAGGUAGAGACCGUGCAGGCAGAAAACCUGAGUGCUAAAGUUGAUCAGUGGAUCCAGUGUUUGCAAAUUGCGGUAAAGUUACUCUUUGCUAGUGAACGUCUAUUGUGUGAUCAACUUUUUAAGGGAAAACAUGGAUUCAAAGACCAUUGCUUUGCUGCUGCAACGUCCAAAAGCCUCCUGACGCUACUCAGUUUUGGACAAUCUAUUGCUAAGUCCAAAUCAUUACCAGAGAAAGUAUUUUUUCUGCUAAAUAUGUUUGAGGCAACAUGGGAAAUUCAGUCUGAGGUGGAGGCAGUCUUUGCGGGCGAUGAAUGCUCUGAUAACCGGAAAUCUGCAAUUAGUUUGGUCAAAUGUUUAGCAGGAGCAACUAAGAAAACUCUCAGUGACUUCAAAGACAACAUUCCAAAUGAGUCACCUAAGAGUACGACUACUGACGGCGAUGUGCAUCCUAUUACCAGCUAUAUUGCAAAUUACAUCAAAUUUCUUUUUGACUAUGAGUCGUGUCUGAAGCUGAUCUUUCAAGAACCCAGUAAUGGAGGCGAAACAAUUUUUGGGCUUGCCUCUGAAAUUACUGGCAUUAUACAUGCUCUAGAAACCAAUUUAGAAGUAAAAGCAAAGCAUUACAAGGAUCUUCCUCUCGGAAAUUUGUUCUUAAUGAAUAAUAUCAGCUAUAUUGUUAGGUCUAUCGGCAGUUCAGAAGUCAGGGGCUUAUUUGGCAAUGACUGGAUUCCAAGACGACGAAAGAUCGUGCAGCAACAUGCUACUCAAUACAAAAGAGUUGCUUGGGCAAAGGUACUGGAGUGUCUCUCGGCUCAAGGUCUAACUUCAUCGGUAGGUUCUAGUACGGAAGGUAUUCUUGGAAGUAUUGGGAAUACAGGAUCUUAUAGCGGUACAACUUCAACAUCUGUGAUCAAGGCUAGAUUCAGGUCUUUCAACAAGCAAUUUGAAGAGGUUUGUGAGACACAGAUUAACUGGGCUAUUCCCGAUAUGGAAUUACGAGAUAACCUUAUCCUUGCGGUUGCCGAAAUUCUGUCACCAGCUUAUACAUCUUUCGUGAAGCGAUUUGGGCCUCUCGUCGAGAACAGUAAGAAUCCUUCGAAAUAUAUCAAGUACACUCCGGAAGCACUUGAGCAAGCACUUGGCAAUCUUUUUGCAAAGAAGUUGGUACAGUAA